CAUUACUUCUUAUUUGAAGUUGCGCGCCAAAUGCUAUGACAGUGCUGUUGUUUUGACAAGUUUGUCUUUAUUUUUUACCGUCUGUUAGAUUUUGUUUGCCCAUUUAUCGUUCAAUUAUUGUAAAUAAAUAAAUAAAUGGACGCGCUAUCCUACAUGCCCGUUCCUCCGGGUAUCGGAAUGGAGGAGAAUUUCUUUUCUCUGGAUGAUAUUUUACUGUCUCACGAGCGACUGCCGUGCAGGACUGAGAGCGCGUUCCCGAGACUCGGGUUCCUAGAGAAAUCCAGCGAGAGCCGCGACAUACCGGAGGGCACAAAGAUGGAGAUGCCGCUCUGGCUGGCCAAGGGGCUGUAUGAAAGGAAGAGGCGAGUGCUGUCCAUGGAGCUGCCGAAGGUGUAUCGCGAGGGCUGGAGAACAGUGUUCGGGGCAGAUCCUGCUGUUGUAGACCUGCAAAAAAUGGGGCCAUAUUACUAUGGUUUAGGCUCCCAGAUGCUGCAUUUUGACAGCCCAGAAAACCCAGAGAUUGCUAAUACCAUCCUCCAGACCUUCAUUGGUCGUUUCCGUCGGACCAUGGACUCAUCCCAAAACGCCUACAACGAGGACACAUCAGCGCUGGUGGAGCGAUUGGAUUGCUUAGAGAGAAGCUUGUUUAAGUCAGGGCAGAGUGGACUUAACAGUUUCCAACUGUGGGAAAAAGGCCGGUCCUCUCACCUCACUGCCUCUAGUCUAGUUAUCAACUACAGAAAGAGGAAAAUUACAGACCUACAGGCCUGAAAGUCCAAAAGAUUGUAAAAAAAAAGGUAAAAGUAGAGUUUCUU